AUGAUUACUUCUUGCUUUUCUUCUUUCUUUUCUUCUCUUUUUCUUUUUCCUCUUUUUCUUUUCUUUUUCCUUUUUCUCUUUUUCUUUUCUAUUUCAUCUCUUUUUCUUUUCUUUCUUCUGUUUUCAUUUUUCUCCUUUUCUUUUUCUUCCUUUUCCUUUUCUUUUCUUUUGCUUUCAUCUCUUCUCCUUUCUUCUCUUUUUCAUUUUCUUUCUUCUCUUUUUCUUUGUGUUUCUUCUCGUCUCUUUCUCUUUCUUUUUCUCUUCUUUCUUCUUUUUUCUUUUCUUUUUUCUUCCCUUCUCUUUUUCUCUUCUCUUCUUCCUUUUUCUCUUUUGCAUUUCUCCUUCUCUUCAUUCUUUCUCUUUUCUUACCCUUUCGCUAUCGCUUCUUCCGUCUCUUUUCUUUCUCCUUCUUCCCUCCUCUUUCUUCUCUUUUCUUUCUUUCUUUCUCUUAUCCUUCUUACUUCCCUUUUUUCUCUUCACCGCCUUUCCUAUUUUUUCUUGUACUUUUUCUUUUCCGCUAAAUUGAAGGCCGUCGACUUGCAGCGCCUCUUCUUCGUGGCCUCUUUUUCGUAUUGCCAGUUGAAAGCUUCUUGCACGCAGCCGACGGUGAAGUCAUUUUUUUUUCUCUCUGGCAGUGGCCAAUUCGAAAACGAGUCUGGUGACAGCCAGGCGGGCAACCGAUGCACGUCUUCCCAACGUAUUUUCCCUGGUUCUCCCUUUUCGAAACACGCGCCACGCCGGCGAAUGAUUACCAAAAUGAUUCUAAAUUCAUGCCAUCGACACCAGCUCGUGUACCUCCACAACUGUGAACUUGUGCCGUACCAUCUAAGUUUAGUAUCUAUCUAUCUAUCUAUCUAUCUUCAUAACUAUUUGGUGGAUUGA